AUGAGCGAUAUAAAAGAUAAUAAAAUUAAUAGUGAGGAAAAUGAAAGACGAAUAAUAAAACUUUGCAAAGAAGAUAUUAAUAGGAUAGCAGCAGGAGAAGUUAUAAUUAGACCAUGUAAUGCAUUAAAAGAAUUAGUUGAAAAUAGUUUAGAUGCAAAUUCAACAAAUAUAAGUGUGCAAUUAAAUAAAGGUGGGCUAAAAUCUGUUCAAAUUAUAGAUGAUGGAGAUGGUAUACAUAAAGAUGAUUUAUAUAUAGUAUGUGAAAGAUUUACAACAAGUAAAAUUAGUAGUCAUAAAGAUAUAAGAAGUAUCAAAACUUUUGGAUUUAGAGGUGAAGCAUUAGCUUCAAUUUCGCAUGUUUCUUAUUUAACAAUUACUACAAAAAAAAGAAAAUCUUCAUCUUGUUAUACAUGUUCAUAUAAAGAUGGUAAACCCACACAAAAGGAACCAACUGCUUGUUCAGGAAAAGAUGGAACAAUAAUUCGAUUUGAUGAUUUAUUUUAUAACAUGAAAACAAGAUUAAAAACUUUAAAUCACAAUGAUGAAUAUAAUAAAUGUUUAGAUGUUUUACAAAAAUAUUCAAUUCAUUAUCCCCAUGUUACAUUUACAUGUAAAAAAUGGCUUAGCAAUGUGGUUGAUCUGAGCACGUAUAAUGCUGGUAAAGGAAUUGGGGGGAUAGGAGGAAUUUAUCUGAUCAAAAAUAAAAGAAAAGAAAAUUUUAAUGAUGUUAUUUCUGGGUUGCAGACUGGAGAAACUGGCCAAGAAAAUGAACAAAAUUGCCAAGAAAAUGACCAAAAUGACCAAAAUAAUUUAAUAAAAACGAAUGAAAAAGGAUAUUGCGAAUUUGAACGAAAAAUAUUAGAGGAAGAAAAAGAGUUAGAUAAAAAUUAUGAAAAAUAUCUUAAUAAUACAAAAACAAUUAUACAAAAAAUAUAUGGUAGAAGUGUUUCAAAAGAACUGAUUCCAAUUUUUGUAAAUGAAAAGAUUCCAACUUUUUUUAAAUGUUAUGGAUUAAUAAGUGGACCAUCUUAUAAUUCUAAAAAAAGUUCAUAUAUAUUUUUUAUUAAUGAUCGAUUAGUAGAAUCAAAUAUAUUAAAAAGAGCUUGUGAAAAUCAAUAUAACAAUUUUUUGGGAAAAGGAAAUUAUCCAUGGGUAUAUUUAGCUCUUCGACUAAAAUAUGAUAUUGUUGAUAUUAAUGUGCAUCCAACUAAAAAAGAAGUUCAUUUUUUAUAUCAAGAUGAAAUUGCUACAUUGAUAUCUAAAAAAAUUGAACAAGUUUUAAAAAACAUAAAUAAUAUGAGAAGUUAUAAUGCCCCGACAGUUAAUUUGUUGCAAACCAAAUUCGAUUUAAAUACUGGAAAGAUAGACAUAAAAAAGGAGAAGCAAACUGGUAGCAACGGUUAUAGCACCGGUUAUAGCAACGGUUAUAGCAACAGUCAUAGCAACAGUCAUAUAGAUGGACAAAGAGGAAGCGAUAAUAAAAGUGGAGUAAAAAAAGCAAUAGACACAAAAAGAGUAAGAACAGAUUAUAAACAAAUAACAUUAACAAAUUAUUUUGUUAAAAAAAGUGAUGAUAAUAAAAAAGAGAUAACUUUAUUUGAGGAUAAUGAAUAUGAAACGUUUCAAUUAGAAGCACCUAAACCUGCUUUAUAUAAUGUUAGUCAGGAUAAACACAUUAGUAACAUAUGCUAUGAUAGAAAGCUUCCAUCUGAGUGUGAUGAAAUUACUAGUAUUAAAAAAUUAAGAAAAAUAUGUGAAGAAAAAGAAAAAAAAGAAUUAACAGAGUGUUUAAAAAAUUCUAUAUAUGUUGGUCCUGUUGAUAAUAUGCAUAGUUUGAUACAAUAUAAAGAAAAAUUAUUAAUGAUAAAAAUGCCAUUAAUUAUAAAAGAAAUUAUAUAUCAAUCGAUACUUAAUAGAAUAGGAAAAAUUCCACCAUUUAAAUUUGAUCCGCCUAUUCCUUUAUAUGAUCUUUUAUUAGUUGGUUUAAAUAAUUCUUAUUCUGGUUUUUUUGAGAAUCCUAAUUAUGCAAAUAAAAAUAUAGAAAUAGUAUGUAACGAAUUAGAACAAGUAUUUUAUUCUUAUGAAGAAAUGUAUGCUGAUUAUUUUUCUAUUGUAAUCGAAGAUGGGCAUAUUGUUACUUUUCCAGCAUGUUGUGGUGAAUAUUUUCCAGGGCAAGAAUUUUUACCAUUAUUAUUUUUACGAUUAGCUAUUCAAAUAGAUUAUGAAAAUGAAAUUAAUUGUAUAAAUGGAAUAUGUUAUUUGUUAGCUAACUUUUAUUCAAAAAUCACAUUAACAUCUGAUACUGAAUGGACAUAUCAUGAUGAAUUAAAAAUGAUAAAAGAGCGUCAAGUUGAGAUGCUACUUAAUCAAAAAAAAGAAAAAAACUCGAAAAAUAAUAAAAAUGACAAUGAAAAUGACAAUGAAAAUGAACAAAAUUAUGAUAUCAAUUUUGAUAGUAUACUUGGAGACGAAACAGUUAUAGAUGUUAAUAAGCAUUUACCAGUUUCGAAAAAUAUUAACUUGGUUUUUGAACAAUAUUUUUUUCCUAUGAUUCAAUUAAAUAACUCUAUGAAAAUACCGAACAUAUUUUCAACCAACGGAUAUAUAAUCGAAUUAACUUCCCUCAACCAGUUGUACAAAAUUUUUGAAAGAUGCUAG